UACAAAAAGAAAAAAAAAAAUAAAAAGGAAAAAGAAGAAGUCCCGCAGCUACUUAAAAGAAAGCGAAGAGGAGAAGGGCAGGAGAAGACGGAAAGGACGGGCUGCGCGCUCCCGAGGCCUGGCGAGGAGGAAGGAUGAAGACCGUGGUAGCCGUGUGGCUGAUGGCCCUUUGCUUCCAGGCUGCUGUCCCGCAAACUACAAAUCUGAACGUGCCUCCUGAAGAUCUUGAUUCUUCUGGUGAUGAUGAUGAUGCAUUCUCAGGUUCAGGUGCAGGUCCCCUGACUGACCAGUCUCACACCUGGAGAAUCCCAGGAGAACCAACUAAUUCCUCACUAGUGGCAACACCAACAGAUUUCAAUGAACAGCCAUUUCCUGGGAUUGAGAGCCGAACUGAAAAGGAAUUAGUAUCUCCUUUUGCAACUAGUAACGUAGUGACAGAGGAGCCAGUUGUAGCUGUGAAGGAUGAAGGAACCGUCCUGGGUUCACCUGAAGAAAAACCAAGUGAUGUGGUUACAACAACAGUGAGAAGCCCCACUACUCACUUCCCUUCAGUGGUUCAUGUAGAUCCUUCAGAAGCCUCAGGCACAGUCCAUGAUCUUGAACCUAAAAUCCCAAGCUCUGAAGUGCCAGACACUAAAGACGUGCCUGAGCCCCACCCUACCAUCCAUCGUGAGGGAGACGUCGCUGCCAUCCCCACGACAGCAGCUCCCAAGGAUAUUGUUCCGACGCAUGCAGAGGUUUCUGAAGAUGGUUCUGGAGACCCGGGAGACUUCAUCUUGGCUAAAGAGGAGGAUUUGGUCCCCACCCAGAACUCAGAAGUUCUACCUGACUCUGGGAGGAAUGCCAAAGCAGCAGGAGCCUCAGGAAUUAUGGACAGAAAAGAAGUUCUUGGAGGUGUUAUUGCUGGAGGACUGGUAGGUUUGGUGUUUGCAGUGUUCCUAGUUGCAUUUAUGCUGUAUAGAAUGAAGAAAAAAGACGAAGGCAGCUAUUCACUGGAUGAACCAAAACAGUCUAAUGGAGGAUACCAAAAACCACACAAACAAGAAGAAUUCUAUGCAUAAGCAUUUCUCUUCAGGACACUUUUUCUUCCAUCUUUCUUGGACUCUUCUCUCCCUGCACGUGGACCUCAUAGUGUGCUUUGCAUUAAACUUAAGCCAUAUGAUCACUGGGUUAUUUGCCCUUACCACUUUGCCAUUGGAAAGUUUAUAACUACAAAGUAGAUCUGGAUUCGUUGAACAUUCCCUGCUUUCUUGCACAACUUUUUUUGUUUUGUUUUUUUAACAGAAGUAGGACUGCAAGUUCCUAAACUCACUUUGAUUUAUCUAAAGACUGCUGGGCUGGCAGUGGGGAGAAGAUAAGGGAGCACUGGAUGUAUAAACUUCUUGAUAUUUAGGGAAAGGGCUAGCAAGAAUAAACAACUAUCAGUGCUCAAAAUUCUGUACAGCAGGAAUCCUUCAUAUUUAACUCAUAGGUAUGUUUUAAGUGUAACUAAUGGCUGCACUGGGCAGACAUUUGGUACAUUGCAGUCCCCUAGCUCUUUUUAACUGCCAUAUUUGGAGCACUUAAUGCCUAUGAAACAUCAAGCUGAACAUGAUUUCUGGUGAAAGGAGGUGUGAAGGGCGGGGGGUAAGCAAAUGACAUUCACAUGAUUUAAAAUAACUUAGAUUUUGGAAGCGUUAUCCCAUACUGAGAACCAGCUCCUAAGCAGUAAGGUGCAUGUGCUGAUACAAAACAAACCCCACAGACCCCAGAAUGAGGAGUUCAUUUUACCAGUAGUGUUGAACUCUCCCACUGCCCUCUUGCUCUUUCUAGGCUUAGGUAAGAAAUAGAUUUGAUUUUAUUUUUAUUUUUUUUCCAAGUGGUUUCAUCUCAGACCUUCCCUUCUCUUUGGUGCCAAAUCUAGACUGGGCUGUCCUGCACAUACUCUUAUCCCACACUACUGUGUAGUGGCCAGGUGGCUGCUGGCGUGUUGUAGCACCUACCUCUCUGUGCACUGUUUACAGUGGUUGUCUUGGAACAUGGUCUGCCGUCUAUGCCACAGGAUACCUUGGCGCACAGGAGUGGAAAGUAGAAAGCAGCAUACCAUGGCUUUGCAGCAAGGAGUAGAGAAGUGUAUGUAGCUCCUGAAACAAGCCUGAUAAAGGCUAAGUGUAAGAUGGCCUUAAAUAUAUACAACAGUUUGUGUGCUUGACUCUCGCGACUGGAACGGCUCUUCAGAAGCUGUUCCUGCACUUUGGAGAGAAGCGACUCUAGGGAUGUCAGACUAGUAAGGGCUGAAAACACCUGAGGAAAGUCCAGAUGCCUGAAGCUGGUGGUGGUCAGUGUGCUGUUAGAUACAAGGGCUCAUUGAGGGUCUGGAGUUCUCCACAGUAUCUCAAACCAAGUAAGAGGAAAAGUGUGGUCUUCUGCACAAGCCUUACUUCUGCUUUGCCUUUGGUUAGCUUCUUGGAAUUCAAUUCCUCAUAACUCAGUGCAGAAAGUAUGAGGUAGAUAGAGGAGUGUUUACAACUGAUGUAAAUAUUUAUGCUGUUGAGCCAGAGGGAAUGAUUGGAGACUAUUGGAGAACAUGGCAACAGUUGGUAUAAAUGUUGCAAGCUAACAGUAGAACUUAAACCUGUGUAGUUUAAAUGAAGUAUGAAACACUCCUGAGCUGCUAUGCAGCUAAAAUUGGUGCCUUCUCUGCAAACCCAAGGGGGGAAAAAAACCAACC